CUUUUCUCAGAGGACAACAAUGGCACAUGUUACUAACGCAAAAUCUGUUUGUGUUUGAAAUUCAGUCAAAUUUAAUAGUCUUUGGGGAAAGUAUACUUUGAAGGCCAUUUAAUACAAAUGAAGACAAAAUAUUUGUCUUGGCACCUCGCGCACACACUGCAGUUGUUUGGCGUCUCUAAUCCUGCCUCUCUGUCUGAUCUCUUUGUGUCCCAGGGACGCUGCGCCUAGUCUUUGACGAUGAAGUUCAACCUGUUCAGAAGGCCACAGGCCGUGGAGGCUGCCGAGCCGACUGGCGCCACCACCGUGACCAUGGGUCCCACCCCGGCUGUCGUCUCCACCUCGGCACCGGAACCUCCUGGCUCCAACAAUGGCACAGAGAUCAACAAGAACGACAUGUUUGAGGAGAUCAAGAGCAAAUUCUUGAAUGAAAUCGAUAAGAUCCCACUGCCUCCGUGGGCUCUGAUUGCCAUUGCUGUGGUGGCUGCGCUGCUCAUCCUCACCUGCUGCUUCUGCAUAAUCAAAAAAUGCUGCUGCAAGAAGAAGAAGAACAAGAAAGGGAAGAAGGGCAAGGAUGGCUUCAACAUGAAGAACAUGCAGGGUGGCGAGGACGACGAGGACGAUGACGAGGGCGAGACCGGACUGACAGAGGAGGAGAAGGAGGAAGAGGAGAAGGAGCAGGAGAAACUGGGGAAGCUGCAAUACUCCAUAGAUUAUGACUUUGAGAACACAAAGCUCACCGUUGGCAUCCUUCAAGCUGCGGACCUCAUGUCGAUGGACUCAGGCGGCACCUCCGAUCCUUACGUUAAAGUCCUGCUCCUGCCUGACAAGAAAAAGAAGUUUGACACCAAAGUCCACAAGAAGACACUGAACCCUGUCUUCAACGAGACAUUUGUGUUCAAGGUGCCCUAUGAGGAGCUCGGCGGAAAGACUCUGGUGAUGUCCGUCUUCGACUACGACAGAUUCUCCAAACAUGACGUCAUCGGCGAGGUGAAGAUUCCCAUGAACUCCAUCGACCUCGGACGGCCGAUCGAGGAGUGGAAGGAUCUGGAGAGCGCCGAUCAAGAGGAGCCUGAGAAACUGGGAGACAUCUGCAUCUCCCUCCGUUACGUCCCCACAGCCGGGAAACUCACCGUCUGCAUCCUGGAGGCAAAGAACCUAAAGAAGAUGGACGCCUGUGGAUUAUCCGAUCCGUACGUGAAGAUCCAGCUGCUGCAGGGAGGUAAGCGUCUGAAGAAGAAGAAGACGACGGUGAAGAAGAACACUCUGAACCCUUACUACAACGAGUCCUUCAGCUUUGAGAUCCCUCUGGAACAAAUGCAGAAAAUCCUGGUGGCGGUCACAGUGUUUGACUACGACAAGAUCGGUAAGAACGACGCCAUCGGAAAGAUCUUCGUGGGCAGUAAAGCGACCGGCCUCGGUCUGAAGCACUGGUCCGACAUGCUGGCCAACCCACGUCGCCCCAUCGCCCAGUGGCAUCCAUUGCAGCCAGAGGAGGACAUCGACGGCCAGCUGGCAUCCUUGAAUGCAAAGAAGUAACAUGCUCCACCAACCAGCUAAUGCACUAACUCAGAAUUCUCCCCCCCCCACCCCCUACUCUGCAUGAAACCCAUGACUUAACACGUGACGACUCGUCAUGAAACCUGCUCAGCAAAAAAGAGACAUCUUAGAAUAUCUGCUCAUUCAUGGUUAAGUCGCGAGAGGAAAUAAAAGAAAAACAAAAAAAAACUAUUUUUAAGCAUCACAUUUCACACAUGUUAGUGUAUGCUGAGAAGAGUGGCGGUGAGUUAUCUGGUGACUGGUUUCGUGAAUGAUUGACUUUUGGUCUUUCUUUGAUUUGAAGAAAACUUAGACAAACUGAUUCUUAGGGUGCUGACACUGAACGGAAAGUGUUGAAGUGAAGACAAUGCUGGAAAUAAAGCUUUAGUUUAGUUUAUAGAGCAUGCUUUACUUACCUCCCCACUGUCCCUGCAUACACCACGCCCAGUCUUGUAUCUUGCUAAUAAGUGUGCUAUAACUUGCAAUAGAAAGUACCGUAGUAUUGGGUUAUUUCCUUGCAUAGAGUCUGUUUAAGUCUAUAACAUGCAAAAAAGAUUUAAUUGAGGAUGAAUGAGGUCACACUGACCGCAGCGAUCCACGUCGCGAUAUAUUUUCAAGAGAAAUAAAUGAUUGUCUUCAUUCUAGCAGCUCACAUUUGAGAGAGGAGACACACACACACACACACACACACACACACACACACACACACACACACACAGUUACACCAGUGUUAUACAUCACGACAGGGUUUCACACAGUCGUCGGGUCUCAGUUGCUUGUUUUGUGCACGUCUGCGUACGUACAUCUCUGUCUUCUUCAAACGGAUCUAAUGUAGGACAGGUAUACAAGGGUGCCUUUUCCUGAUACGACACUUUGAGAAAAUCUGUAAGCUUCAUUGUUUCAUUUUAUUUCAGAGGGGGGGAAACUUUUCACAGAGUGAAUCUCAUUCAAAAGCAGUCAGGGACACUGUGAAUGUGCCAUCUGGAGUCUCGUCUCGAGCUGUGUCGACCACUUGGAUGUAAAAAAAAACCUUACUUACCUGUGGACAAAGUGAGGAUACUCGAAAGGCUAACCAAUGAUGUUCAAAACCAAUUGUGACUAUGCUUCUUUUAAAAAAAAGCUUCCUGAAAACAGUGCCAUCUAACACGCUUCUUUUGUUUUGAUAGCCAUUAAACAGAUUAAAUGUCUUCAGUACAACUUUGACAGCUUCUGGUGAGACGGCGAGAUGUUUUUAUAGAAAAUUGAAUUUGAAAUGUAAAGACGUGGCUGCACUUUUUAAGAGAACGUGAACUCGAGUACAAAAUGCAGGUUUUGUGCUGCGUCAAACAUAAAAUACUUGGAUUCCAUUUGCUUGAACCAAAUAGAGCUGCAGAGCCGAGCAUGUGUCAUUGCAUCACAGUACCUCACGUUGUUUGGAUCGCUCGCUCAUCAGCCACAAGCUCCGUAAAUAAAACCCCCGGAGUGCCGCAACAUGGUGGUGUUACAGCUUCAUCGCAGACACACUGCUUUUACUGUGAUGCGCAAAGGGACGGAGGCAAACAAACGCCAAAAGGAUUUGAAUCUUAUAAACAACUCGACACCUAAAUGUGAAGUUUAAUCACUGCUGUAUACUAAAUGUAGACAUUUUAAAACCACUGAAUUUAACCUGCUGCAGCAGAUCAGUUUAAGGUUUCCAGUGACACCAAAACCAAGAACUAACUCACUCCCAUAAAGUCUGGAUAUAACAUUUUAUACAGAAGUAGCUUACAUGACGUCACAAUAACAAUCAUUUUGAAUUAUAUAGCACGUGUUGAAACCAGCGUUCACAACAAACACAAAAACACAAUGAUAAAAUACAAACUAAUAAAACAAAUAAAACUAAUAAGAGUGGAUGAUUAAAACCAGAAAAACACCAAAGAUAAAAAAGUGCAAAAAAAAAAAGCAAUGUGUACAUUCAAAUAGAGCUGUGCAAUGUCUAGAAUAAAGUGCAGUGCAAUUAAUUUAUAAAAACAUAAAACUAGUUAGCAUUAGAGAAUAAAUGAAACCUUGAGCUUGAGAAAAUACGUUAUUGUUCACAGUUGCUCCUUCCAGAAUAAAGAAAUAUCUGACUGUGGAUAUAAACAAGAUUUAAAUACCCGUAGAUAACACAACAAGAGUUAGCAAGAAUAAAAUAUAUGAAAUACAAAAAUAUAGAUAUAUAGAUCCACAUAAAAUUGUACUGACUUAUAGACUGAUAGAUAAGUCAGGAUAAUAUUUUUCAUCAAAACAUGUGUUAUUCGCUAUGAACUUAAUGAAGAUUUCAAAAAUCUUGCAAAGUUAAAGAAAAUGAGAAAUACAUCUCUGGAUCUGUCACUUUAUCUGGAUCCACACCAAAAGUUAAUGGGGUCUAUUCUGAGCUGAGACCAGUUCUCCAUGUGAGUUUCAUGGAAAUCCCUUUGAUAGUUGUUAUGUAAUCCUGGUGACAAACCAACUAAGUAACCAGCUAAUGAACACGUGAAAACAUAACCUCCGUGGCGGAGGAAAAAAAGAGCCAGAAUCAUUUCAUCAUGUGAUACUGUGACAGUAUAAAGUCUAAUAUAACUAACAGAGUAAAAUACCUUUUAGUUUAAAUGAUAUUUGGUGUCAGUGAGGGGGAACUAACCUUUUAAAACAACUCGAAAUGACCUUCUGUAAACGUCCAAGGAGGGACUUCAAACAGUUCUGACAUAUUCAGAGGAUCGACAGUAAACACUUCCAGUCCUCUCAUGUCAGUGGUAUUUAAAUUUCCACAUUAAGACUUCAGCAGUGUUUACACUUCAGAAGCGGCCGUUCAGUCGAGAAUAAAAAUUCACGUCACCACGGCCUUUCUUUGCCUCAGUAGGAGGUGGUAUUGUCACCAGAGGUAGGGGUAAUUCUGCAGGAGGGCGAAGUGCAGCACACUGAUCGGUCCAUCCACAAUACUACUUCUUCCUAUUGUCAACAUUACGCACCGCGCAGAUCUGUGAAUAGGCUACAGCAUGGAUUUACAAGAUGAUGUAAAUAGAAGCAUGUUUUAAAGAGGAACCAUAAUUAUAUUGUGUAUGUGUGUUUGUGUUCUGUGUCAUAUUUUGAUAAUAAAAACGGAGUUAAAAAAAAAAAAAAAAAAGAGUAUGCACUGACUGCAAAGUGUAUGUAUUUUUGCUGAAUGGGACCGAAUGUAUGUCUGAAUAACUCAUGUUAGGGUUCACAGGCUCCUUUAACGCCACACUCCUUUAAAGCAGGGUUUGCUUUGUGUAUCAUAUGUAUGAAACAGAAAGAAAGUUAAAAAAAAAAAAAAAAAAAAAAAAUCCCACUCAGUUUGCCAUAAUGCUGCAUGACUGUGUGGUCCUCUGUGCCGUCAACUCGGGCUACAAGUCAUUUCUUGUUCAUCUCUGCUUGCACUUGUCUCACAGUGUGUGUUUUGUCGCCGACCAGUAAACUGUAUAUAUUUAAAAAAAGAAAAAGAAAAAGGAGAAUAUUUGCCCGCUCCUUGAUUUUCUAUCUCAGUGUUACCGUAAGUGUUUCCUUCGUUCACUCCUGCCAGAUCGAGUCACGGUUUGUUAAAUGUAGAUAAAGUGGACGACGUAAUCGACUUGUAGCCCCGUUUUUUUUUUCUUUUCACCUUUCUUAUCUCAUUAAGUAAACUGUACCUUCUCAUCUUAUUGCUGUUCAUAUAAACCUGCUCUUAUAUGACUCAUAAUACUUUUUAACAAGAGAAAUGAGCGUCAGACGUCAGUAAUUUACAUAUGAAACAAACCAACCUUUCUUUUUUAAUUUUCUUGAAGAUUAUUUCUUUCCUCGAUUAGUUCUGGGAAAUAUUACUGCUGCAUGUUAUUGAUGCAGUCCUCUUAUGUAGCUCCAGUCAGAUAACAAAGCAAUCAAUAACCUUUUCAUAAUAAAUGUCGCUUCAUGAAUGAACAGUUUGACUAAUGGAUCGCAAUACGAUGAGCGGGAGUUGUGUCACUUUGUGCAUGCUGUGAGAUAUCGAUGCUUUGGCAUUUUCUGGCGUGAGGAUCUGUUUCCCCUCGUCUGUGAGUCAUUGUCAUUUUAGAUAAUCCUUUAUUUAGACUGCAUGAAGAUGAACGAUCCUCAUCUUCAUGACAGUCCAUCUUAAGUGUGUAAUGUCGAUCUAUCUCUAUGUUGAAGGGGGUAAGAGGAGUACUACGGAUGAAGAUUAGGGCCACCGUAUGAAAACAAAAUUGAGUUCCGACUCUGUUCUCAGAAUUGUGACUUUCGAAUUCUGAUUUUUGCGAUAAAAAUUAUGGGAAAAGUCAGAAUCCUGAGAGAAAUUCUCCGAAUUUUGAGUUAAAGCACAGAAUUUUGUGGGGGAAAAAAAAAAUCUGAAUUCUGUGAAAAAAACGUCAAAAUUCUCAAGUCACAAGACUGACAAAAAAAUGAGAUUGUGACUCGUGAAAAAAAGUCAGAACUCAUUUAUUUUUUUUGUAUUACAGUGCCCCUAAUCCUCUUCUAUAGAAUACACAGCAGACACAUUUUCCAUUAAUAAUAUUGAGUCUGUUUUGAAGAUUCAAGCCCACAAGAUGUUAUCGUGAAGGAGCACCACAUCACAUCCUUAAUGUGUGUCAGGUCGUCCUGUCCUGUGGACGGUCGACUCAUCUUCGUACACGAGCUGACAUUCUGUCGGCGACUUUGUGUAUUUUGCAAUAGGACCAAUAGAGCCUGUAUUUGUUUCUUGUCGUUCUGUUAAUGGACUGUCAUUUUUGCUGCAAUGCAGGCAACAAAAUCCCCCGUCUUCCUGGGUCACACAAGCUAUCUUGAGCACAGAGCAGACCCAAACAGUGCAGAACAGCAUUCGCAUUGCAAUACUGCCAACCUGCUGCUUCUAAUAACGGUUCCUCUUUAUUCCUCUAAACGUGAACAUAGCCAUGAUACAGAGCAUCCAAAGACUUGACCGUCAUCCAUCACGCACUCACUCUCCGAGCGACACAGACAAGGGAAAUGCUUGAACGUCUUUCUUGACUCUUCUUGUUUUCUGUCUUGUUGUAGAGGUGUGUCAGUACAGUAGUUGUGCCUUUUUGUGAACUGCAUGAUUUAUUUCCACACGGAAUCCAUGUUUUCCAGCAAAAAAACAAAACAAAAACAAAAAAGAAAAAGAACAAAAA